CAUUCUGAUGUAAAGAUGUUGGUUUUUUCAAGCUUUUUAUUUGCAUUUGUUCUCUGCCUACGAGCAUCAUCUGCUAGUGAUGACUCUUGGAAUGCUGAAAUACCAAAUUCAGUAGUGGGUCUGUCUGGAUCAUGUGUGGUGAUCCCUUGUAAGUUCAACUACCCAGAUGGAAAGACACACAAUGAAUUUACAGGAAUCUGGUACAAAGAUUCAUCUGACAUAAUCUACCACAAAGAGACUUCAAAAAUCAUCAGCAAAUUCAGGGGUCGCACAACUCUUCUUGGUGAUCUGCAUCACAAAAAUUGCACUUUGAAAAUCAACUCUUUACAUCACAGCGAUGCUGGAUCGUACAUGUUUCGCAUCGAGAUCAAUGAUUUCAACAAGUACUUAUACAGGGAAAAUAAAGUUUCUAUUUCAGUGAAAGAUUUACCUGAACAACCCACCAUCUCAGUGAAGGAGGAAUUGAUGUCACAAAGAGAAGUGACCGCUACCUGUAUCGUGUUACAUUCCUGCCCGUCUCUCCCGCCACGUCUCACCUGGAGCUAUGAAGGCACUCUCACGAGUAACUCUCAGUCACAAGACCACGGUCAAUGGAGAUUAACAUCAUCUCUGACCUUCACACCCUCCAGAGAAGAUCAUAAUAAACCUCUCAACUGCUCUGCAGAAUUCAGUACUGGAAAGAAAGUGACCAGCACCAAAACACUUAAAGUUAAAUAUCCUCCAUAUAAUGUAAAUGUGAAGAGUAACUCCCCGGUGAAGGAGAACACAUCUGUUGAACUGAACUGCUCCUGUGACAGUAAUCCACCAGCUAGUUUCCAGUGGAUUAGUUUAAAUGGAUCUGUGUUGGCUAAUGGACCCACCUAUAAACUGAAUCAAGUGUCCCGAUAUACUGAAGCCAUAUUCUGCACCGCCAGUAACACAGAGGGACAAAACAACUCCAGUCCUCAGAGGAUUAAUGUGUUGUAUCCUCCUGAGAUUAAAAACGAGUCUUCCUGCAAAUCAGAGCCUUUUUCUGCCAUAGUCUGUGUUUGUAUCGUGGACUCCAACCCACCCAGUGAAGUCAAGUGGUUUGAUCCCUCGACAGCUUUCCCCAGCUCUAGCAUUGAACAAAAUGGUUUUCUUACCAUCUUUAACCUUCAGGGGUGGCUGGGUUUCCCCCAUGCUGUACAGUGCUCUGCCAGUAACAGCGAGGGAAACUCGGUCAUAACUAUCCAAGUGCAUUAUCAUGGUAUGAUCAUAUAUAUUGCGGUUGCCACAGCUGCUGUUUUAGUUACUUUAGUGAUCAUUUCAGUUUGUGUAGCCAAAAGAUACCGCAAAAGACAUAAAACCAAUGACAUUUACACAAACUACCAAGAUGACCCACGUGUUAAUAUGAACUGGAGGUGUGAUGACAAGCAUCUGCCAUGCGAGCGAGAUGAAGACGAAGCAAUCUACGCUAACACAUUAAAAUAAAUACAAUUAUACUGAAUGUUUAAAGUGUAACCUAAUUGCUAACUCUGACGACAUUAUACUUUCAUUUGAAUAUGUUAUUAUGUCUGCAUGUGCUAAAUAAUUAUAAUAGUAAUAUUUAUUUAAAAUGUAAAUAUUGGAUGAAUGUAUUGUUAUUUUGUGGUAUUGGUUAACCUGUUUGUUUAAAAACAUAAAGGUAAAGCAGUGCCUCACGCCAUGUAA